AAAUCUGAAUUCUCAAGUAUUUUCUUUUAUCAAUGGUAAAUCAUGAUUUAGUUCUACUCUUAUUAUCUAAUAACACAUGUAGGGGAAGAUUUGGACUUUAAUUUCCAUUUAAUUAAUCAUUACCGAAAUCUCAGGAUGUUUAAAUUGCUAUGACAACUUCAGAUUAUCAGCUCUGAAGUGGUAGUUUCAAGUAUGUAUAGAAGACGGGUAUAUUUUAACUUUUUAUUAGUUUUUGUAUAAGUUUGGGCGAUUUUGUACCUUGUAGUUAUAUUGAACGUCUGUCCUACAUGCUGUUAUAGAGAAAUGAAAAGUUCGGAUAAAAUAGGAAGUAAGAAAACACAAGAGUUGAAGUCAUCAAUUUGUUUACAUAUCUUUUUGUUUAUGAUCGCAGAACCUUUUAUUGCUUCUCUUUUUUACCAUGACAAAUCUAUGAUGCUCAGACGGGACAUAAUCUUUUUGUUUAUAAGAUUCAAGUGACACAAUUGUAAUCUAGGUUCUAUAUUGCUCAUACUUUUUAUUUUUCUUGAACUACUCGUGUCCAACACAUGUUUUGACUUGAAUUUGAAGAUAAUGACCCUUCAAAUACAUGGAGAAACAGAGAAAAACUUGGACUUACCCAUGUUGCACAUCCAUACCAGAAUCUGAGUAAUAUAUAAAAUAUUACGAGGAUAUGUUGAAGAAAUUUUCUAUUUAAGUUAUCCUUUUCCCCCUAUGUUGAGUUCUGCACUUGUUGGCCGAAUAGUUUGGAUUUUACAUUUUAGUAUCAUGGAUGACUUUAUUUUUUUAUUGUUUUAUGAUCUUAAAUUCUCUAGCCUGAAUUUGUUUCCUUUCCUUCUACAUAAAAGUACUCUGGGGUUUGGUUAAAUUUCCUUAUUCUUAAUUAUUUGUCCCAAAUUUGGGUACCAGUUUUGGAACUGGAUUUUGAUUUUGACAAAAAUCAGAAUGUUUGUGUUUAGAUUGCUUUAAACAAGCCAUCCGGUCUUCAAGUUUUACCUGGCGGCCUUUUCCAGUAACAGACUGUUUUGACACAGCUUUGUUGGUGCAUAAAGAAGUAGAACCUUCACCUAAAAAGUCAAGAAUCACAUCCUGUCCUGUGCAUCGCUUAGGAAGGGGUACAUCAGCAGGUAGUAAAGGAAACCAAUUGCCAUCAUACUAUAAAAGAAUGAGACAGAGAAAGAAUGGUUCUUCACUUAAACAUCCAAAUCUGUCUGAAGUAGAAGAAAAAUCACAAAAGAAGUCACCAUAUUCUUCAAAGGAUGUAUUCACAAUUUGUUUGGGAUUUCGAAUGCUGAACGCGUUGUUGAUCCAAACUUACUUCAAUCCAGAUGAACACUGGCAAGCCCUUGAAGUUGCGCAUCGCAUCGCCUUUGGGUAUGGUCAUUUGACAUGGGAGUGGGAGGAGGGAAUUCGAAGCUACUUGCAUCCAAUGAUGUUCGCCCUCUUUUACAAACUCGUCGCAUUAUUGGGUCUUGAUACACCAUGGGUCAUGAUUAAUGCCCCGCGACUGCUGCAAUCCAUAUUUUCUGCAGCUGGUGAUUUGUACUUGUAUAAACUUUCGCUUGUCCUGUUUGGUGAUACUGUUGCAAAAUGGGCUCUAUUUUCUCAAUUGGCAAACUGGUUCAUGUUUUUCUGCUUCAAUCGUACGUUUUCAAAUAGUUUGGAGACGGUUCUCACUCUUGUAGGCCUUUACUAUUGGCCGUCAAUGAGAAGAUCUUGGAAUAAAGUUCCUUCAGGUUCAAGAAAAUGGGGUGUGAUCCUAGCUGCAUUAGCUUGUGCCAUUAGACCAACAAGUGCUAUUACUUGGGUGUAUGUUGGCCUACUUGAGCUGUACUUGACUCACGAACGGCUGAGAUUUAUAUUUCUGGAGUUGAUUCCUAUUGGGAGUGUGGCUCUAGGAAUCAUGUGUUUGUUGGAUCGUUUAAUGUAUGGCUCCUGGGUUUUAGUACCACUUAAUUUUCUCGAGUUCAAUUUUCUUUCCUCCGGCGGAGAUUAUUACGGAACUCACCCGUGGCACUGGUACUUCACUCAGGGAUUUACAGUGAUGCUAUUCAGUUUUCUACCAUUUUGUGUUGAUGGCAUUAUCAAGUCUAAAUAUUGGAAGCUUUCUGGGCUUAUUCUAUGGGAUUUAGGACUUUACAGCAUUCUUGGUCACAAAGAAUUCAGGUUUGUCCUCCCUGUGCUUCCCAUAAGUUUGAUAUUUGCCGGAUACUCACUAGCUUCACUCGAAGAUCGUAGUUCUCCAAGUGUUGAAAGGAAAAUAUCUUCAUGCAUUUGCAAUAAAUGGUCUUCUAGAAAGCAUCUUGCCAUCUUCUUCUUGCUUGCAAGCAAUAUUCCAAUGGCCCUAUAUAUGAGUUUGGUUCAUCAGAGAGGAACCGAGGAUGCGAUGAACUAUCUAUCUAAAGAAGCUGCAAAUGAUAAGGUGAAAAGUAUCCUUUUCCUAAUGCCUUGCCAUGCCACACCCUAUUAUUCCACUCUGCAUUACAACCUGCCAAUGCGUUUUCUGGAUUGCACGCCAAGUAAAGGAAUUCCUGCCGAAUCGGACCGUUUCAUGGCGGAUCCUGUUAGUUUCACCGUAGAUUUCGCAAAACAUUGGUCUUCCCCCAGUCACAUUGUACUGUUUGAUUCAGAGGAAAAGCACUUGAAAGAUUUUCUAGUUUUGCAUUCUUUUAGAGAGGUUAGAAGGUUUUUCCAUGCUCACUUCAAGGUGGACCGUGAUCUUCAAGCAUCAGUUGUUGUGUACGCUAUGACUGACGUGUAAAAGUUUCCAAAACCUGG